AUGGUGCAGCGUUCAGCUAUAAAGAAGCCGUACCACUUGCUCAGUGGCGUUAUAACGCUCGACCAGGGGGAAGAUCUCUUUGAUCGCCUCUUAGGUCUGGCGGUCAUAUAUCUUGAUAGCCCACUCCAAUUUGUCCGACCCGAAGCCCCGUUCAAACCAAAGGACCAGAUCAAAGAACCAAGACGCCUGUACCCAAACGAGGCAGUCGAAUGCACGGAUGCCUCCUGGUUCGAAAAUAACCUCGUCGGAGCCGAGGCAAAAGCUGAAUUCAGCAAGCUCCUAAAGUUGUGGGGUGGCCACUCCAAUUCAUCGAACAGUACCAACAGCGCAACUCUUAUCCGACGAGUUGAAAUUCCGGAGAAUCCUCGAGACUUGGUCCAAGAGUUGUUAGAACUUCAAACAUACAAGGAUGGCAUAUUGGAUAUGGCAAGGAGUCAAAGCCAGGGGGAUAGACCCGUUUCCAUUGGAAUCAUCACUGGCUUCAUCAGCUGCGUCAACAUGUCGGUGAACAAAGAAGCCGAGAAGGAUACCUCGGGAGGAAUUCAGUCCACCGUUCCUAGUGACGUCAUGGCAUCCACGACCAAUGUAUCAUUGAGCAUCAGCGGCAAGAAGCUAAACAAAAGAGAAAUCAAAGGCACUUACAAAGGGGAGGUGGUUCUUGCCUGCAGAUAUCAUGAGGUUGUUGUCACUCCAACGCCAACGCCACCCAAGACGCUUCUAAACCGGGCCCGUGAGCUAUUCUCCAACCCAGCUCCAACCUUAGCUGUCAAUUCCAACCCUAUCGAUGUUCACGGUAGCAUGGGAGAGAGCAUCGAGACCUCGUACAUCUCGAUGCCGGGAGACAUGGAUGCGCCCUUUGGAUCCAAGCCCACGGGAUCGAGAAAGGACCGCGAGAGGAGUGUAAAGGGAGAAGAACAGGAGCAGGAGGAAGCUGAUUUCAUCAUCAACAUGGCGACUCGUAAGUAA